CGCAAACGGAGAGCAGCGGGUUUUACGCACCGGAGGAGCCACAGAGGGAGAGAGCUCUUCACCGUGCCAUGUGGACAUAACGAGCGUCUUCCUCGGUCCAGCGUCGGUGUCUGAUCUGCGGUGAGAAGAGAAGAGAAGAGAAGAGAAGAGAAGAGAAGAGAAGAGAAGAGAAACGGGCCGGGGAGAGGAAGAGGAAGAGAGAGAAAGGCUGCUCGUCCUCUCGCCUCAGCACGGCAGAGAGGGAAAACGCAGAGGAGGAAAGAUUCCUCUAAGCGCAGUGAGAGCGUCGGAAGAGAAGAGGAGAGCGGAGGGCAUCGGAUAGCCAAGAGGAAGGAUGGCAGCUCCUGACUUAUUGGACCCCAAAUCCGCCACCCACAACACCAAGCCCCGCCUCUCCUUCUCCACAAAGCCAAUCACCCUCAAUCCCCGCGAGGAGAGCGAGGUGGUUGCCACGGUGAUGAAGUGGAAAACAGUGUCAGCCAUCUUUCUUCUGGUGGUUCUGUACCUGGUGAUGGGAGCAGCUGUCUUUAGAUCCCUGGAACAGCCGCACGAGAGUGCCCAGCGUUUGGCCAUCCUGUCUCAGAAGCUGGAGUUUCUGUCCAGGCACUCCUGUGUCAACCAAAGCCAGCUGGAGGAGCUCGUCAAGCAAGUCGUGUCUGCCAUUCGUUCAGGAGUGAACCCUGCAGGGACCCUGAACAACCACAGCAGCCUCUGGGACUUGAGCUCUGCCUUCUUCUUUGCCGGGACGGUUAUCACAACCAUCGGUUUUGGGAACAUCUCUCCCCACACAGAAGGCGGGAGGAUCUUCUGUAUUGUUUAUGCGUUGCUAGGGAUACCGCUCUUUGGCUUCCUAUUGGCCGGUGUGGGAGAUCAGCUUGGCACCAUAUUUGGCAAGGGCAUCGCCAGAGUGGAGAUGUUUGUGCAGUGGGACAUCAGCCAGACGAAGAUCCGGGUCAUCUCCACGCUGCUCUUCGUGCUGUUCGGCUGCCUGCUGUUCGUGGCGCUCCCGGCCGCCAUCUUUAAACACAUCGAGGGCUGGUCCGCGCUGGAGUCGCUCUACUUUGUGGUCAUCACCCUGACCACCAUAGGCUUCGGAGACUUUGUAGCAGGUGGUUCAGAUAUUGAGUAUUUAGACUACUAUAAGCCAGUUGUAUGGUUCUGGAUUCUGGUGGGCCUGGCCUACUUUGCUGCGAUCCUCAGCAUGAUCGGGGACUGGCUGCGGGUCAUCUCCAAGAGGACCAAAGAGGAGGUGGGAGAGAUCCGAGCCCACGCUGCGGAGUGGACGGCCAACGUCUCGGCAGAGUUCAAGGAAACGCGCCGCCGCGUCAGCGUGGAAAUCUACGACAAGUUCCAGCGCGCCGCGUCAAUCAAGCGCAAGCUGUCCUCUGAGCUGGGAUUAAGCCCCGCCUCCGAGCUCACCCUGCCCAAGAAGACCGUCUCCGUCAACUUCAACGAAGAGCAGGAGAGGGAGAGGGGUGAGAAGGAGGCGGGGCUGCACGGACUCACCACGCCCCUGGCCAAAAACGGCGGUUUGUUCCUGAAUGGUUUGGACCCGGAGAGAGGAGACAUCUCCAUCAUAGAGCACCUCAAGUAGGA